AUGGCACCGGAUAUUUCGAGGAUCGGAGACUCGCAGUCGCCAGCGUCGUCUGGCAGCCGGAGUCCAGAGGCCGAGCAGAUGGAGCGGUCGCUGCUGGAUGCCACCGACUCGACUGACUACGUUGGCAGACGGCCGUCUGCGUCAGGGCGAGACACGAAGAGGAUAAGAACACAAACACAGUCCCUUCCCCCACCCCGUCUACCGAAUCUCGUCGCAGAACAGGCCGUCCCGAUCCCAGCUUCUGAUAAGGACACCAAGCGCCUGAUCGUCGUGCUGUCAAAUGCCAGCCUCGAGACGUACAAGGCUGCUCACGGCGGCCGAAAUGGCAUGAAGGACGACAAGUACUCUCUACUCAACAGCGACGAACACAUUGGCGUGAUGCGCAAGAUGAACAGAGACAUCAGCGAUGCUCGACCCGACAUCACGCAUCAGUGCCUUCUGACCCUCCUCGAUUCACCCGUCAACAAGGCCGGCAAGCUCCAAAUUUACAUCCAUACCGCCAAGGGCGUUCUCAUCGAGGUCUCGCCGACUGUCCGCAUCCCCCGUACCUUCAAGCGCUUCGCCGGUCUCAUGGUGCAACUUCUUCAUAAGCUGUCGAUCCGAUCGACUACAUCGCAAGAGAAGCUCCUGAAGGUCAUUAAGAACCCCAUCACAGACCAUCUCCCGCCAAACUGCAGAAAGGUCACACUGUCCUUUGACGCACCUGUGGUCAGAGUGCGGGACUACAUCCAAGAUCUCGGCUCGAAAGAAAGCAUCUGCGUUUUCGUCGGUGCAAUGGCCAAGGGCAACGACAACUUCGCGGACCAGUUCAAGGACGAUGCGAUCUCGAUCAGCAAUUACUCGCUCUCUGCCAGUGUUGCUUGCAGCAAGUUCUGCCACGCCGCCGAGGACGUCUGGGACAUUAUCUAG